AAAGAGUAUUUGUUAGUAGAACGAUAGAAAUUGAGCGGUCUAGUUUUCAUAAUUCCCCAAAAUCAUCCGCCAGACAUGGCUGUUGUUCAAAUUUCCAGCUCUCUCUGCACUUCAAUUCGUGAUGUUGUUAUGUCAAACCCAGUAAGCAUUUCUUCUAUUAAGGGCUCAACUCGUACUCAAUUUGGGACUACUUUUGCAACUGGUUCUCCCCUCUUGAUCAGGAACAGUUUCUCUCGAAUAAAAGCUAUGCCAAGUAGAGCAGCAUCACUUUCCAUACGAUGUGAGCAGAGUAGCAAGGAAGAAAGUAAUUUGGAUGUAUGGCUUGGUCGAUCUGCCAUGGUUGGUUUUGCAGCUGCUAUUAGUGUAGAAAUAGCCACAGGCAAAGGACUUCUGGAGAAUUUUGGGGUCUCAGGGCCCUUACCCACAGUAGCAUUGGCAGUCACUGCAUUGGUGGGCGUUCUGACCGCUGUCUUCAUCUUCCAGUCUGCGUCAAGGAACUGAUUAUUUUCUUUUCUCUUCUUGUUUAUGUAUCUAAAGAGUGAUAUUGAUGCAUCCUUAUUCAUCUAAACAAAUAUUAUCACUUUGUCAAUAGAAAUUCUAUUCACUGCUGAA